ACUGUUUGAGCUCAUGAUAGUGUGUCUUUUGCUUUGUGUGUAAUCCGAGGGGCAAAUGCUGCUCCGAGGGUCUGGAGUUGUUUUAGAUUCUAUGCAUUGACGUAAUUUUUCGGGGGGCUGGGGGGCGGGGGGCCACUGCCUCGCUCGUGUUGUAUCAUCAGUAGUGUAGGUUUUCCUGCUUGACUUGACUGGUCAUGCAUAGCAAGAUGCUGAGGACACUGUGGCUUUGGCAAGCGCUUCAGAUUCAGAGUCCAGUGCAAAACUUCGAAACUUCCCACAUUCCUGGUCAGUUCUUAGAUCCUCGGAGUGGGAGAAGGACUUGUGCUGGACAUUUCUGCAUUGAUAAAGCAUAGCAGAAGACCCCCCACUCUGUUGCUUGUCUCGGGUCAUGCCAGCCGUCCAUGGCAUCAGCGUCAACAUCACUACAGCAGUUUUUUUUGUCAUUUUCAUUCAGACAUCACAUUUGGAAAGGUGUUUAAUGGAACGUCGGUGACGUACACCACAAGCUUUGCCGCAAUGUCCGAGAUGUAUCUUUUGGGUCAUGUGGGCUGUGUUGCCCUGUACUGUGUCCUGUGUCUGGUCAUGCCGGCAAUCCUGAGUGCCGAGUUCACCCUGGCCAGCGUGAGUGAGCACCACAUCAUCAUAUGCACAUGUAUGCAGGACCUGGUAGCCUGCAGCAUGAUCAACUCCAGUGAGUGCGUUUGCCACAACCACCCGUUGUCCAUGCUGGAGCGUGUCGGCAGCCACAGCGCAGUGACGUACAAGCGUCUGACGGUGUGGUACACCUCGCCACUCAACGUCGCACGUCUGCUGAACAACUCGGAGAUCCGUCACCUCUCACUGGCCAAGUGCAGCUCAGCGAGAGGCACUUCAUUAUCUGUCGAAUACUUCACAGUGAGGAGGCUGGAGAGGCUGUACGUAUCUUAUCCGUUCUGGAUGCCCGGGCAGAACCAUGACGUUGUGCUGGGUCGAGAUGUAGGCAUGCUUUAUCACGAGGAACCGAGGAUAGCGCUCAUUCACACGGAUGUGUUGGUGGGGAAGGUUGAGUUGAAAGCAUACACAGUGAAAACCAUGGUGGACAGCAACGGCAUGGUUCCAUUCCCUGAAAUGGUGGACGUGUCUGUGGAUGAUCUUCCAGAUAUGUCCAACAUAUUCGUUUCUUUCUUGUACUAAUUGACUGCAGAAUUUCUUACAAGUCUCUUUCCUGUCUGAUUAGACUUUUAUUUAUGUAUUUUAUCAUUUGUAGGAAUUCUUCGCUCUGUUUUAUCCCUUUGUAGGCAUUACCGUUUGUUGUUAGACAGCAAGGGUUCUUAUGGUAUGAAACAAGUAAGAAACGUGUCUAUGCAAACCAAAAUAUUUGUCAAUCAUUCAUUUAUUUUUGCUCGUUGUUAAUUUAUUGGGAAAUAAUCUAAAUAUAACUAGAAAGAGGCCCUUACAGGGGAUCAAAUACAGGUCAGCGGCUUCGGUUUAUGUUCACAUCAAACAUCAAAAUCUGGCAUGGUUGUUAGUACCAGAUGUGUUGGUCCGAAUAUUGCAGAAACCUCUGGUCUCCUGGGGUUUUUAUGCAUGCCAGUCUCCAGAGAUUACACAGGAUAGUGAGCAAAAGAAAAAGAAAAAAAAAACAUGUGAGGAGGAGAAGUUAUCAGAAAAGGGCUUGUUAAUAAGAGAGGGUUCAAUCUGACAGUAAGUUAAAGGUAAAUAAAUAAAUAAACACUCUUUAUAAACUCGAUGAGCUGAAAAGCAUCACAAAAUGCACGUGAAAACGUCAUGGACUACAAAAGCAGAUCACUACAUCUGGUUUUAUUGCUGUGAUCCAAGAACUGCAAUUUGAGGCUGUAAUUGGCACCGACCUGUCGAAUUUAUACACUAAAUACUAAUAUAAAUAAAGUCUUUUUUGCUCAA